GGUCAUAGGCAGCAUUCCUCCUCCUCCAAACAUGGCGGGUGCUUCUUCAGUGCUCUUGAGAGCUUCCUGUGCUCUGAGUGUGGUGAAUUAUUUAACAAGACAGCAGAAUUCAUGGUACACCAGAGAUCUCAUGGAGUGGACAAGCAGUAUCUAUGUUCCAAAUGUGGCAAGUGUUUUACGAGAAGAACAUAUCUUCUUGACCACCAGAGGACUCAUUCAGGCCAAAAUCUCUUUGCAUGCACUGAGUGUGGCAAAUGUUUCACUCAAAAAUCUUACCUUCUGAGGCACCAAACGAGUCACACUGGUGAUAAGCCGUUUUCAUGCUACGAGUGUGGCAAACGUUUUAUAUGGAAGUCCCACCUCGAUAGACAUCAAAAAAUCCACACCGGGGAAAAGCCCUUUUCCUGUUCGGUGUGUGGGAAGGGGUUCAUCCAGACCUCAACAUUGGCCAACCAUCUUAGAACUCAUACUGGGGAGAAGCCCUACUCAUGCGAGAUCUGUGGGAAGGUUUUCACUGACAAGUCCAAUUUUUUGAGGCACGAGAUUAUCCACACAGGAGCCUAUCCAUAUUCUUGCAUUGAAUGUGGCAGAAGGUUCAUAAAGAAGUCUCAGCUUAAGAAACACCGGAGAACCCAAACGGGUUCGAAGAAGUUUGAGUGUACUGAAUGCGGCAAAUGUUUCACACAGACGUCCCACCUUGUGACUCACCAGAGAAUACACACGGGGGAAAAGCCACAUUCGUGCCCCGUGUGUGGGAAGCGUUUUAACGACAAGUCCUAUCUGGUCACCCAUCUGAAAAUUCACACAGGAGAAAAGCCUUAUGCUUGUUCGGACUGCGGGAAAUCCUUUGCUAAGAGGUCCAACCUGGUGAGGCAUCAAAGGAUUCACACGGGGGAGAAGCCUUAUUCCUGCUCUGAGUGUGGGAAAUGCUUUACGUGGAAGCCCUCCCUUCUCUACCACCAGAUAAAACACACUAGUGAAAAGCCUAUUUCUUGUCCAAAUGGUGGUGGUGGUGUUUUUCACCAAAAUCAUUUCUGA